AUGAACAAGGUCUUCCCCCAGGGAGAUGUCACCAGCACCACUACUGCUGGGCCCAAAGCACUGGCUGGAGGGGAAGCCAGCCACAACCACCUCUGCUGCUCGCGCCGCGGGGCCUGCCUCUCUGCCUUCCUGCUGCUCUUGCUGGCCACUCUUGCUGCCCUCAUCACGCUGGCCACCAUCGUUGGAUUCCCGCCAUACACACCAGGGGCCCAGGCCUGUGUGACGCCAACAAACAGGACAGGCUUCCUGUGCCACGACCGGCGGAGCUGCAUCCCGGCCAGCGGGGUCUGUGACGGCAUCCGCACCUGUGCCCACGGCGAGGACGAGGAUGAGAGCUUGUGUCGGGACUUGCCCCGCAGCCUCCCAGGCUUCCUCGUGACCCGCUGUGGAGACCCAGCCUCCUGGAUCUACUCUGAUCAAAAGUGUGAUGGGACCAACAACUGUGGGGACUGCUCGGAUGAACUGAGCCCAGCAAGUGCCUGCCCACCCUGUGGCCCUGGCUGGUGGCGCUGCCAACCCACUGUCUUCAGGUACUGCAGCUGUAUCCCGAGGAGCCUGUGCCAGGACCAUGUGCAGCACUGCUCCGACUGGUCUGACGAGUACUCCUGCCCUGGACCCUGA